GCGACUGCUUCUGGUGCUAUUUAUAUUGAUGGGAUAGAAGGGGAUAGAGAAGCGGGCAUAGAGUCGCCUCGUUAUCUUAAUCAGGAAAUUAUAACUGAGGAGCUGAUUGGCCUUAGCCAUGGGACAAGAGAAACAUUGUCAAGCACCCAGUCGAACCGCCAGCUUCUUGGCUCCUCUUCCGAGGCUAGCCCUGGAGCAACUUCUUCCGGAAUCGGUCAGUCACGUUUGCGAUUCAUUAGGUGCUCCGAUUCAACAAGAGGCGACUCACAUACUCCUGAGCUGAAGCACCGCCAGCACUCCACUCACAAUCGCAGACAUCAGCAUGGCCCCCGCUCAGGUGAAGGAUCGGGUGAUCAUGGAUUGCGAGCUCUGUCAUCUGGUGAAGAGGAAACCGCAUGUAUCAAAUCAUCUCCUGAGGCCCCAAGUACCUCGUAUCGGGGUUCUCAAGGAAGAUGUAGGUCAUCCGCAGGGUGCCCUGAAAGUUCGGCCUCCACUUCGGGUGCCAAUACCACAAUAUCACCCUCAGCCAAUGCAACUUCAUCUCACCAUCAACGACUGCGUCGCUCGGCACGUCAGUUCAAAAGGCUAGCAGAGCAGCGACGUGCUGCUAGGGAGCGCGAGGCUGCAAGGGAACGUGCAGAUGCUCUAGAGGCGCAAAGGCGCCGACUGGCUGUGCGUAGAUCUGCGCGGUUUAGACGAAGACUGUCUGACGAUGACGUUAUACCUACUAUUCGUCAACAUGAGUCAUUCAGAGACGCUCAAUCAGUAUCGGGUGGAGAUGCGGUCACUACUGAUACAGUCGAGCCAAUCGCCCUAAGUAGCUUGACUUCAAUUACGCCGAUAAGACGAUUGGGAAAUGCUGCUGGUAACGCAAGGAAAGAGGAAUCGAAUAUAAAUCAGUUUAGCUCAUUAGUCUUCGAUAAAGCAAUAGUGGCAAAAAGUCUCACUCGUGCAGUCCGGCGGAAUGAUUGCCAAGAACGUAUGAAGACAGCUAUCCUCAAAAGCAUCGACUAUAUCAUACAGAAUCGCCGCGAGUUGUACUAG